UAAAAUCCAGAACACUACAUUGUCCCGCACUAUAUAUCGUUUUUUUAGUAGUAAAGGGUUAGGGUGGGAAUUCUAACAAAGCUAUUGCGAUAUUUUAUGGUAAACAGAUUCGGUUUGCCAGGUGGAGUUUCCUGUCGCUUUAAUUAGUCAUAGGCGGUGUCACAUGACACUUCCUCCUUAAAGCCAGGAAGUGUUUGUGUUUGUGCAGAGUUUUGAAGGGCUGAUGAAAAUAAGUGUCCACCCACCAUGACAGCCAUCAAACACGCUCUCCAGAGGGACAUCUUCACUCCAAAUGAUGAGCGCCUCCUUGGUAUUGUUAAUGUCUGCAAGGCUGGAAAGAAAAAGAAGAACUGUUUCUUGUGUGCCACAGUUACCAUAGAGAGACCUGUUCAGGUCAAAGUAGUAAAGGUAAAAAAAUCUGACAAAGGUGACUUUUACAAGAGACAGCAAACUUGGGAGCUUAGAGAUCUGACAGUAGUAGAUGCCAAAGAUGCAAGCAAGGAAAACCCUGAAUUUGACCUGCAUUUUGAGAAGAUCUAUCGGUGGUUGGCUAGUAGUACAGCUGAGAAAAACUGCUUUAUAUCCUGCAUUUGGAAACUGAAUCAGCGUUAUCUAAGGAAGAAGGUGGAGUUUGUGAAUGUCAGUUCUCAGCUGCUGGAAGAACUUCCAAAAGCAGAAGAGUCUGUGCCAAGUGGCGAGAGUCAAAGUGUCGCAGGGGGCGAUGAGGAUGCUUUGGAUGACUACCAGGAGCUCAGCACCCGAGAGGAGCAGGACAUUGAGAGCAUGAUGGAGAUGUGCGAGUAUGCCAUCUCUAACGCUGAGGCUUUUGCAGAAAAGCUCUUCAAGGAACUGCAGGUCUUAGAUGGGGCCAACAUUCAGUCCAUCAUGGCGUCAGAGAAGCAGGUGAAUAUCCUGAUGCAGCUGCUAGAUGAGGCACUUGGAGAGGUGGACACCAUAGAGGGGAAACUGAGUAGCUAUGAGGAAAUGCUUCAGAGCGUCAAGGAGCAGAUGGACCAGAUCUCUCAGAGCAACCGCCUAAUUCAAAUCAGCAACACUAACAACGGCAAACUUCUGGAUGAGAUCCAGUUCUUAGUGAAUUACAUGGACUUGUCUAAGGGACACAUCAGAGCUCUGCAGGAUGGGGACCUCACCUCCUCUAAAGGAAUUGAGGCCUGCAUCAACGCCUCUGAAGCCCUUCUGCAGUGCAUGAAUGUUGCCCUCCGACCAGGCCAUGAAAAGCUGUUGUCUGUGAAACAACAGCAGCAGAUGUUUACCGAUCUGAGGGACACAUUUGCCCGCCGCCUCACCAAUCACCUCAACAACGUGUUUGUCCACCAGUUCAACCACUUCAGUCACUUCAAAAUGUCCAUCCCUCAGUUGUAUAGGUCCUCCUGUCUGUCACUUCCAGGUCACGAUCAAAGCUCCACCUUGUCACAGCAUACAGCUGAGCUGACCCUGCCCAAACACAGCCCUCUCCACAGGGACCUGCUACGCUACGCUAAGCUCAUGGAGUGGCUGAAGAACACCCACAGGGAGAAGUAUGAGGGCCUGUCAAGGACUUAUGUUGAUUAUAUGAGCAGACUAUAUGAACGAGAAAUCAAAGACUUCUUUGAAGUUGCCAAGAUAAAGAUGGCAGGAACGUCCAAAGAAGCAAAAAACAAGUUUGCCACGCUUCCGCGGAAAGAGAGCACGCUCAAACAGGAACCAGAAAGCCUGCAUGGCAGCUCUGGGAAGCUGACGGGUUCCACCUCGAGUCUGAACAAGCUUACAGUGCAGGGCUCCAACAGCCGGCGUUCCCAGUCUUCCUCGCUGCUGGAUAUGGGCAACAUGUCUGCGUCGGAUCUGGAUGUGGCAGACAGGACCAAGUUUGACAAGAUAUUUGAGCAGGUCCUCAGUGAGCUGGAGCCACUGUGUCUGGCAGAGCAGGACUUCAUCAGCAAGUUCUUUAAACUUCAGCAGCACCAAACGGUUAUGCCCCCUCUUGCACAGCCUGAGACAGAGGAGUUAGACGGAAGCACAGCAUCAAGAAUCCCCCCACAGAACGAUCACAGACACUCAUCAUCAGAGAAGGACAUGGUGCGGCUGAUGAUGAAUAAAAUCUUCCAAAGCAUUGAGACAGAGCUGAACAGCCUCAUCGCUCUGGGCGACAAGAUUGACAGCUUCCAUUCUCUGUAUAUGCUGGUGAAGAUGAGUCACCAUGUGUGGACGGCGGAGAACGUGGACCCUGCCUCUUUUCUCAGCACCACCCUGGGAAACGUGCUGGUCACUGUCAAGAGGAACUUUGACAAAUGCAUACUGGGUCAAAUAAGACAGAUGGAGGAGGUGAAGAUUCCUAAGAAAACCAAAGUGGGCAUCCUCCCAUUUGUUACAGCUUUUGAAGAGUUUGCAGAGCUUGCUGAGACCAUCUUUCGAAACGCAGAGCGCAGAGGCGACCUGGAUAAGGCUUAUGUCAAGCUGAUCAAGGCUGUCUUUGUGAACGUGGAAAAGGUGGCAAAUGAGAGCCAGAAGACGCCGCGGGAUGUUGUGAUGAUGGAAAAUUUCCACCACAUUUUUUCCACUCUGUCCCGUCUGAAGAUCUCCUGCUUGGAUGCAGAGAAACGAGAGGCAAAGCAUAAAUACACUGACCAUCUGCAGUCCUAUGUGAUCAACUCGCUGGGCCAACCUCUGGAAAAACUCAACCAUUUCUUUGAGGGGGUUGAAUCCCGCGUUGCUCAGGGCGUUCGUGAGGACGAGGUGAGCUACCAGCUGGCAUUUAACAAGCAAGAGCUGCGCAAAGUCAUCAAAGAGUAUCCUGGGAAAGAGGUGAAGAAAGGCCUGGAUAACCUUUACAAGAAGGUGGAUAAACAUCUAUGUGAAGAAGAAAGUUUACUCCAGGUGGUGUGGCAUUCCAUGCAAGAUGAGUUCAUCCGUCAGUACAAGCACUUUGAGGAUUUGAUUGGCAGAUGCUACCCUGGAUCUGGGAUCACCAUGGAGUUCACCAUCCAGGAUGUGCUGGAGUACUUCUCCAGCAUUGCUCAGUCACAUUAGUUUUGCUGCUGUCCAUUAAUGAGUAACUACUGCCACUCACUGGCUAGAAAUACAAGAGCAACUUAAAAACUGGUGCUUUCUUAUACAAGCAUGAAUAUUUCAUUCUGUCUUUAAAAGAAAUUGUAGACUGGACUGUGGUGGAGAUACUGCAUUUUCUUAUCUCGCCUGUUUUUUCCACGUUUAAAAGCUUCUGCUUCACAUGAAACUGUUUGUCCCGUUCCUGUAUAUCACUUAGUAUAUAAUAAAUUUUACAAGUGAAGCGUC